UCGUCGGAACUGGUGGUGCGCGACAAGAACGGGGAUGCUGAAGUGUGCAAUCCGCCGGCGCUGGUGGUGGAUGAUGAGGAUGAGUUGCAGGCGUUGGAGAUGCAGGAGGAGAAUGAGAGAGAGAAGCAGCGCUUGGCAGAGGCCAUCCGACUGUAUCGAAUAAGCCACAGCUCCAUGGCCCAUCAACCAGAAGCCCUGCUCGAGGCUGUGCGCGAGAGCAAUAGGAACAAGGUCAGCGCCUUGGCCGAGGACAACUGGAUGUUUGAGGCGGAAGAACAGCCGCGC